GAGUAUCAGAGAGACACCAUGGCCUUCAACAAAUACAUCGUCAAGCUUAACGACGCUACCAAGGCGGACCAACCUACCCUUCUCAAAGCGCUUGAUGAGCUCCUCAACAACGGUAUCCAGAUCGUGCAAGAGAAGAACACCUCUACCCUCGGUCUAGUGCGCGUCCAGGUUCCCGAGGAGAUUGACGUCAAGGAGGCUAUCAGGAAUAGCACUCUGCUGACCCAGGCUGUCGAGAAAAUUGACCCCAUUGCCGAGUAAUCAACAAGGGCGACGAACCCAUGUAGAGAUUCUGACAUAGGACGUACUGUAUCCAUAGCAACUUUUCAAUAUGUAAUUCCCAUCAGCCUUUA